AUGUUCACACAAUGUGCUCAUGAUGUUUUAUAUGAAACUUAUCUAACUUUACACGCAGCACAAGAAAUCACAUUGAUGUGCGUCGUUCAAAGCAUAACAACAUUUCAUUGUUGUUACCUAAAGAAUUUCCUAAUGCGAUAUGUUCCGCGAGACGCGAAGAAGGAAAGGAAAGAAAGAGAGAGAUAUUUUGAAAUGCCAGUAAUUUCUAAUCAUCAAUCGAGAGCAGAGCUUGAAAAUGAGCCUAAUCAGCAUUACGAUUUGAAAAAAAAAAGUUUCAUUUUUUGUGAAUGCCAAGCAUGA